CCGCAUUAGGCACUCCCUGCCUACUGCACGACAGCUUGAUUCAGCUCUAGGGCCCUCACUCUGCUCUGGGUGUUUUCCUGGCUGGCCGCACUAGCCGCCUCUGGCUUUGCGAGGACGGUUGCCUUCCUCUAGGCUUCCCACCCGUGUCCCUCCCUCUUUCCCGGCCUUGCGCCAGGCUGCACCGAGCUUCCUCCUUCCGUACUUUGCCAUCUCCUCUCACUCUUUUCUGCAGAAAGUUGGGAGUGCCUCGGAGAAGCGGAGCGGAACCUGUGGUGUCACAGGAUUGGUGUAGGGGCUCCCCAGGAACGCAGACAGCUCACCUGCUGCCAAAGGUUAUCAGAGAAUUGGGAGCCUGGGUGAGACAGGGGAGUGAAAGAACGCAGGAGGGAGCGAGCGCUCCGCGCGCUGCCCCUGGCGUCCUAGGAUGCUCGCGCCACACCACGGUGCCUUCACUACACUGGCCUCCUGCUUCCUGCUCGCUAUCCUUGGGACUCCAGGUCUUGCCAGUGGAAAUACCCUGAUGAAACCAGAACUGAGCAUUCAGGGAGAUCAAGUGAUGAUCCAGGCUGGUGGAACAUUUGACAUUACCUGCAGAGGAUUGGCUGCCAUGAUAUGGACCUGGGGCAGUGAGCCUGCAGGGAGUCGGGCCCGCAUCUUGGAGCACCCCUGUGCUGAUAACCCGGUUGUCACUUGCAAUCAGCUCACCAUUUUCCACACAGAAGCUGGUGACACUGGCUACUUUACGUGUAGCUAUAAGGACGUUGAUGACACUGAGGAUCCUAAUGGCAAGACCAGUGUGUACGUGUAUGUCAAAGAUGACAGCCAGGUCUUUGUGCAGACCUACUAUGAUACACCAUCGGUGAUUAUGGUGUUUACUGGGACCCAAGAGGUGGUUGUACCAUGCCGUGUCACUUCUCCUGAUAUUGAUGUCAAACUUCAGUUGUUGCACCCUGUCACAUUCACCUAUGCAGGCUUGAAGUGGGAUCCCAGGAAAGGCUUCACUGUGAGCCACCCCUCUUACCACUUCUAUAGUACUAUUCUCCAGUGUACUGCUGAAGUCAAUGGGAAGAUCUACAAGUCGCUCUAUCUUCCACAGCGUUUUGAAACCAAGAAAGAAAAUAUUUCUAUCAGAUACAACCACCAGAGACUUCUCAUGGGAGACACCCUUUUCCUUCAGUGUGUUGCAGAGACCACAUUCAAUGGACGAAUCAAACUGGACUGGGUAUUCAACCGGCAAGAUUCUAAGGUAACACCUAGGUGUUGCGAAGUUAAAAGGAACUUGUAUAGAGGGUCCUCAGUAUACAAAAGCUAUAGCAACUUGACCAUCUGGAAUGUAACCAUGGAAGACAAGGGUUUGUACAUUUGCAGGGAAAAAACCAACACUACCCUGCAAGCCAAUGUGACCAUCACAGUGUACAAGAAACCAUUCCUCAAUGUGAGCUACAAGAGAAGCCGCAUUUAUGAGGUGACAGCUGGACAAAGUGUGCUCAAAAUGGGAAUAAGGGUGGAUGCUUUCCCUCGCCCCAGUGUGACCUGGUUCAAAGAUGGAAAACCACUCCCUGUAAAUCAUACCUUCCAGCCUGACCCUCUUAAGUACAAGCUCACGAUCUUGGAAGUGAAUUCAAAGCAUGCUGGGAACUAUACUUUUGCCCUGAGCAAUACCAAACAUGAUCUCUACAAAAACCUCACAAUACAACUAAUUGUCAAUGAAAAACCUAAAAUCUAUGAGAAGGAGACAGAUUUGAAGAGCAUCCAACCAAUAUUCCUUGGCAGUGAGAACAUCCUUCGUUGUACCGCAAGUGGUGUCCCUGCUCCCUUCUUCUUGUGGGCCUGGGAACCCUGCAGUCAGAUGGAUGAGAUGUGUAUGGAACGUGGAAAACGUAUGCUGCUUUCCAACGAGACUGUGAGAAGUGACCUCCAUGUUGGCAACAAGAUCCUUUCCAUUGAGGAAACUGUACUGACACGUGGAGAAAAGACCAAGAUUCUGAGCACACUGACUAUAUUGACCAGCCAUGUUUCUGGUAUAUACUACUGCAUAGCUGUAAACAAGGUUGGCAUUGAUGAAAGAAGUAUUCAGUUCUAUGUCUCAGAUGUGGCUGAUUUCGUGGAGGCAGAACCUCUGGUCUCAAUGAUUGAAGGCUACGAUGCUCGGCUCAAAUGCAAAGCAGCUAAAUAUAUCUAUAAUCAGCUUGCUUGGUUUAACCCCUUUGGGGAGAAGAUUCCUGUUAUAGAUACUGAAAGCUUCAAAAAUAACUACUCCAUCUCACUGACACUGGUGAUUAGGAAUGUGACCAAGCAGGAUAAAGGGCAGUACAAGUGCAAGGCUUGGGCCCAGAGGAACAUCACCAAAAUUGUGCAGCGCAAUACUCGACUAUUAAUUAGAGAAAGGAUUGCUCCAUUCAUUAUUGAGAAUCUCACCAAUAUUGAAGUCAACAGCAGUGGCAAGAUUGUCCUACAUUGCAAAGUGGGUGGAAUACCACACCCUCAGAUUCACUGGUUGAAAGCUGGAGUUCCUCUUCUCCCUGCUUCAGGAAUCUUCUUUGAGAACAAUACCCUUGUUAUUGAGAGAGCCAAGAAAGAUGAUGAGGGACUAUAUCUCUGCAAAGCUACCAAUGAGUUGGGAGAAACCAGCACUUCAGCCCUUAUCACCGUGGAGGGCUCUGAAGAGAAAUCCAACAUUGAAGUCAUCAUUAUUGUUUGCACUGGCCUUGCAGCUACGCUUUUCUGGCUUCUUCUAACCCUAGUAAUUCGAAAACUCCGAAAGCCCAAUGUGUCAGAAAUCAAAACUGGCUACCUAUCUAUCAUCAUGGAUCCUGAAGAGAUGCCCCUUGAUCAACAGUGUGACAGGCUGCCCUAUGAUGACAGUAAAUGGGAAUUCCCCAGGGAUCGAUUACGGCUUGGCAAAAUCCUGGGUCAUGGUGCCUUUGGCAAAGUGGUAGAAGCUUGUGCCUUUGGCAUUGACAGAGCUUCAACCUGUAAAACAGUGGCAGUGAAAAUGCUAAAAGCAGACAGUGCAACUUCCAAUGAAUGCAAGGCUUUGAUGUCAGAGCUGAAGAUUCUCAUUCACAUUGGUCACCACCUCAAUGUGGUCAACUUGCUGGGUGCCUGCACUAAGCCUGGAGGUCCUUUGAUGGUCAUUGUAGAAUUCUGCAGAUAUGGAAACCUGGCCAAUUUUCUGAGAGGGAAGAGAGGAGACUUUGUUGCUUCCAAGACUCAGCUCAAUAUAGAAAAGAAGAUGAAGACCAUUCAUGAUUCUGACAGUGAACUCUCCCAGCUGUCUAAGCACCGUCUGCAGAGUGUGGCUAGCACGGAAAGUUCCACCAGCUCUGGCUUCAUUGAAGACAAGAGCUACAGUGAUUCCGAUGAGGAGGAAGAAAGCAACCGCCGCCUUCUAGGAAGAGUAGACUUGGAUGAUCUCUACAAGCACCCCCUCACCUUGGAGGACCUGAUCUGCUAUAGCUUCCAAGUAGCAAAGGGCAUGGAGUUCCUUGCUUCCAGAAAAUGCAUUCAUCGAGACUUGGCUGCUCGGAACAUCCUUCUAGCUGAUAACAAUGUUGUGAAGAUCUGUGAUUUCGGUUUGGCUAGAGACAUCUACAAAGACCCUGACUAUGUCUGGAAAGGAGAUGCAAGACUCCCACUUAAGUGGAUGGCACCAGAAGCCAUUUUUGACAAAGUUUAUACCACCCAGAGUGAUGUGUGGUCCUUUGGAGUCUUGCUUUGGGAAAUAUUCUCUCUGGGUGCCUCGCCAUACCCAGGAGUACAAAUAGAUGAAGACUUCUGCCGUCGGCUUAAAGAGGGAACACGAAUGAGAUCUCCUGAAUAUUCCACCCCUGAAAUCUACCAGACUAUGCUUGACUGCUGGCACAGUGUGUGCACCCUAAGACCCAACUUCUCAGACCUGGUUGGGCGUCUUGGAGAUCUCCUACAGGCAAAUGUUCAGCAGGAUGGCAAAGACUACAUCCCCCUCAGUGGCACUGAUGGAAUGCCCACCUUUAUGGCUCUGGAUCCAGUGCAAGAGACCAUGAGCAGUGAUACCACCUUGGAAGACAGCACUGAAUCCCGGAAGGAUCCACUGAUUAGAUUGCUUGAUGAAAUGGAGGUGACAAAGGAGCAAGAUGAACCUGGUAUUGUGAACAUUGAAGGAGACUAUGCAACUGUUAUGAAUUGGGAUAAGAUCAAAAGACAAAAAUGCCUGGAAAUCCAUUCCUGGCCACAUGGGGUCAUGGCCGUAGGUCCAAGAGAUGUCAACAAGAGCAAGAGCAAGGAGUCCUUCCUAAUGGAGACAGAUCUGGAGCUUGUGAAAUAUCAUUCAGCCCCUGAGCUUGAAGAGGAAGAUCAAAUGGAAGAGACUUGCCUCCUGCCUCUGGAUCCCACCCUCGAAUGUCACAGCCCACCUCCUGAUUAUAAUUUUGUGGUUCACUACAGCACUAUACCCAUGUAACCUACUAGUAGCACUCUUCCUUCAUCAUCCAUUUUCAGACCACUCUCUUUCCUUAUAAAAAUCAGCAAUGCUUUUCACAUUCAUGUCAUGGUAACAAUAUUACUAUGAUAUUGGAGAAUGAAAGAAGAGAAAAAAGAAAUUUUAGCAAAGAAUCUCAAUUCCUUAUACAGUUUUGGGACACAUAUUGCGAAAUCCAUGCUCUUGGGUCUGAAUGGAGAGACAACAGGAUGUUUCUGUCCCAUUUCUCUUGACAUUUAAUACUUGCUAACUCACUCAGCUGUGUCUAGCACAGCAACAUCCUUAGUCAUUCUAUAUAUGCCCUUUACCAACUUGGCCCAUUAUUAUUUCAUUCAUGGCUAAUACAACAAUAAAUGUACCCCUUCAAAGACCUGCAGAACCUCUAAUCAGAAACUGGGACCUCCAUGAUAUUCAGAUCCCAAGCAAUCAACCUGUGAACAUUACUUGGUGAACUUUUAUCUGAAUAUCUUUUAUUUUUGUUCUAAUUUUAAUUAGUUUAUAACAGAUUCAAUGUGAUUUGUAGAUACAAUUCUAAGAAAAUGGUAUUUCCUUCUUCCCUCCCUCCCUCCUUCAUCUCUCCCCUCCUCCUUUCUUCCUUUAUGUCUUUUUUGUAGUUUUUGACAUAACAUAUGUUAAAUUUACAUUAUAGUAAAAAUUCUUAACACUUCACCAAUAAAUUUAACAAGGAAAAGGCAAAAAGACCCUAGUUCAGUGGGAAUAUAGAUAAUGGUUAUAAACAAUAAUUGAGUACAUUUUAAAGUAAUAACGGAUCAUAAGAACUAUAGUACUGUAACAUUCUUAGACAUUGAUUUGAUGAAGAUAUAAAACAAAGUUUUAUAAAACUAAAUUUGCACUGAUAGACACAGAUUUUUAAUUUUCUUUUUCUUUAAAUUUUAGCUCCAAUAUUGAUAUCAUUUCUUAAAAAAAAUAAAGCAACCAUUAUUCAGACCUAAAACCGAAUAGAGAUUUCUAGUAGAUGGGAGUAGAAAGCUGUUUGCCUGCAACAUUUCCCAUGAGGUAUCAAAUCUAACACUCCACAGCAUUCUUUGGAUACAAGAAGUUCCUAGAAGCUUCAAUAGAAGCUACAAUAGAAGUGGGCAUACCUAAUAUAUUUAGGAAUACAUUCUACAAACAUAAUUAUCAGCUUUGUGCGAUUCCCAAGCCAGAAAAUACCCAAUCAAAUACUCUAGCUAGUAUUCAAUACUGAGAUUUCAAGAACAGCAAUUUUGACACAUAAUCCCCAGGCUCUUGUAUUAGGUGAACAGCAACACAAAAAAGUAAAUUUGCAUAGACUCAUAAGAGAGUAAUAGGUGAGGGUCCUUUUCUUGUUGUCCCUCUAGAUUGACCUGUAUUGCCCUUCCAGAAAGCACCUAUAUAUACCUCUCUUUCAAAGGAAAAAACUUAGUUACAUUCUUGAGGGUCGGUAGUUACUUUGUAAAACCCUAGCCCUGUCAUGUCCCCCUUCAAAAUCCAGUAUUCAAUAAAUCACAUCUGAUGAGGUAGAACCUCCUACCUUUGCCGUAAGUCCAGGAUCAUGCAACCACACAAGGACAGACAAGAUGCUCAUCAUUGGAUUGCAUUGGCGAAAAUAUGUACUGAAUUUGCAGGUAGUGAGUCUCCUCUGACUCAUAUUCAUAGCAUCAGGGGGUAAGGAAGAUAAGCAAUAAUAUCCUUCAAUAAUCUGUACCAGAAAAAAAGCUCUGGUUCCUUUCUAUCCCCAUUUUAUAAGUUGGAAAUCUGAUAUCCAGAUUCUUUUCUUCUCUUCCAGAGAAGAAAAGGGGCUUGCAAGCAUCCACUGUUUGAAGUUUUGUGACCUUAUACAUGGACAUUCACAUAAACAUGUGUUAAUGUAAAAGAUGCCACUGGAAGGGCCUAAUAGUAGGUCUUGGCUUUGUUCUCCUCUUUGGCUAAUGUGCAUCUAAAAAUAACUACUUCCCCCUGUAAAUGGAGUGCUAUGUUUCUGCUUCAACUGCUCUAGUCUCUUCUGUGGUGUUCUGAAAAAUACUAGUAUUAUUCAAAUUCAGUUUGUGUUUAUGACACAAGGGCAUUAGCACUGUUCAAAGCAGGCUAGGUUCAGAUUCUGUCUACUUAAAAAGUUUGUAAAGAGGCCCAGAGAAUCAUAGUGAAAUUCUCUACGAAAUACUUGGUUUGGGGCCAUUCAAACAUAGAGGUAUAUGCAAGUCCUUUUACCUCUCAUUCCUCAGCUUUCUGGAAACGCUGGCUACUUGGCUCAGAACAAGUAGGCUGAAAUGUGUGACAGAAUAAAGAAUGAGGGAAUCACCAGUCUCCAGUUGCUGCUAGAGUGACCUCCUUCCUCCAGGAUUUUCCCAGGAAAUACUUCCUGGGAAUGGUGUAUCCAGUUUUGCCACUGGCAUAGGUAGUCCUCAUUAGGUAAAGAGAUCAUUGGAAGGUGGUAGUGAAGAACCAAGCUUGAUUCCUCCCCAUUUCCUGUUACAAGUAUUAAUUAGUUUAGUGGUAGCAAGAAUUUUAUCAUUUGGCCAUCUACCUAGUAUGCCUUCCCAGUUGUCCCUAAUGACAAGUAGCUUUGCCAACAGAAAUUUUGCUAACACAAAUUUUUAUAGUAGAGUCCCAAGAAACAUAAAUCAAAGAAGCUCUCAUCAAGGCACUCACUGACUAGAACCUUGAAAGGGACUGCAUAUAGUUCCAAUAACCUCUUCAGAUAGCUCCAGGAGUCCCCCCAGCAAGAGAGCUCACAAAAUUAUUUGGUGAGGAACUUAUUACAGAAAGUCGUCUCCUUAAGAUGUCAUGAUGGAAUGCUUAGGCAAGCAAACAGCAGCAACAUUUCAAACUGUUAAACUGUUAAAAAGUUGUUUGAAGUUAUAGUAUUUUUUAUAAUUAUUUAGUUGUUUGAAAGGCAGAGUUACAGAGAGGCAGAGGCAGAGAGAGUGAGAGGUCUUCUAUCCACUGGUUCACUCUCUAAAUGGCAGCAACAGCCAGAGAUGGGCUCAUAAGAAGCCAAGAACCAGGACCUUCUCCCAGGUCUGCAUGAGAACGGGGGCCCAAGGGCUUGGGCCAUCUUCUACUGCUUUCUCAGGCCAUAGCAGAGAGCUGCAUCAGUAGUGGAACAGCUGGGGCUCAAAUUGGUGCCCUUAUGGGAUGUCAGCACUGCAGGUUGUGGCUUUACCCACUAUGCCACUGUGCUGAUCCUGAAAUUAGUUUUUAAAGUGUUAUUCUUCAUAUCUUAAUAACUUGCUCAUGUAAUCAUAUUUCAAAUUGGCUAGCUUUCAGUGCAAAGCCAUUUGAAAGAGUUCCAAUUAGUUAACUACUUCUACUCAUUCACUAUUUGUCUUUACUGCUCAAGACAUCUGGUGUCACUGUCCCUCAUUCUCCACUUGAACCUUCUGUUGGGAGGAGGUGAGAGUAGAGAAGCAAGACAGGAAAAACCUCAUCUCUACUUAGCUCCUGAGUGGAGAGAACCCUCCAUCAAGAACAUCCCUUCCCAUUCUGUUCUGGGUGGAAAGGUAUCCCAGGCUUCAGUAGACCUUGUGAGCAGGCACAGUGAGCCAACUUUCUCAAAGAUUCUUUCCCAUAGUCCACUGUAGAUUCAUUAUCCAAGUGUUAUUAUAUUUUGUUAGUAUUUUGCUAUUAUUUUUUCUUAAAUUUAAAUAUUACUCUGUCAUUUUAUUGGAGUAUAUCUUGAGGUAGCCACAUACAUAUAUGAGAAGUCUUUAAAAAGUUUGUGGAAAUGCAUAUUUUGAAAGAGUUAUGAGUGGAUUUCAACUUAUUGCACCAAAAUAAAUUUAUCUUUAAAUUCUGUUUUCCACAAGCUUUUUAAAUUACCCGUGCUUAUUCAAAAAUUUAUUUAUAACUUGUUAUCCCACAAUAAAUAUCCCAUGCAAUACUGGCAGUGCUUCUGGAGGCUGAGCCACCUCUCAUGCAAGAUGAACAUGGGUUUCUAAAAAUAGUUACAAAUGACAGCUCCCCUCAUAUCUCUCGGAGUUACCAGAGCUUAUUUUCCUUUUGUAUGGAGCUCCAUCUAGUGUUGCAGAUUGGGCACAUCUUUUGUCAAAUUCUGUCACUCCCACUCUACUAAUAGCUCUGUUUAACUCAAGAGGAUGCCAUGAGGAAGGAAAGAACUCAUUGUUUUUUAAUUUUUUUAACUUUUAUUUAAUGAAUAUAAAUUUCCAAAGUACAGCUUAUGGAUUACAAUGGCUUCCCCCCCAUAACGUCCCUCCCACCCGCAACCCUCCCCUUUCCCACUCCCUCUCCCCUUCCAUUCACAUCAAGAUUGAUUUUCGAUUCUCUUUAUAUACAGAAGAUCAGUUUAGCAUACAUUAAGU